GUGGAAUUUGGCGCAAUCUCUUAUCAAACCACAGAAGUUAUUGUCCAACAGCAUCUGAAGGGAAAUGAGGGAGUGCAUCUCCAUCCAUGUGGGUCAGGCAGGAGUGCAGACAGGGAACGCGUGCUGGGAGCUCUUCUGCCUGGAGCACGACGUGGGGCCUGACGGGGUGGUCCUGGAUGUGCCCCUGCAGGCCAACUCUCGCCAGGACCCCUUCAACACCUUCUUCAACACGGGCAGCUCCGGGCGCCACGUCCCCAGAGCCCUGUACGUGGACCUGGAGCCCACUGUGAUAGAUGAGGUGAGGGUUGGGACAUACAGAGACCUUUUCCAUCCUGAGCAGCUUAUUUCCGGGAAAGAGGAUGCAGCCAACAACUACGCCCGUGGCCACUACACUGUUGGCAAGGAGAUGAUUGACACGGUCAUGGAGCGUAUCCGUAAAAUGACGGAUCAGUGCACUGGGCUCCAGGGCUUCCUGGUGUUCCACAGCUUUGGCGGCGGCACCGGCUCUGGCUUCACCUCCCUGCUGAUGGAGCGCCUGUCAGUCGACUACGGCAAGAAGUCUAAGCUGGAGUUCGCCAUCUACCCGGCCCCCCAGGUGUCCACCGCCGUGGUGGAGCCCUACAACUCCAUCCUCACCACGCACACCACCCUGGAGCACACCGACUGCGCCUUCAUGGUGGACAACGAGGCCAUCUACGACAUCUGCCACCGCAACAUGGACAUUGAGCACCCCAGCUACAUCAACCUCAACCGCCUCAUCGGGCAGAUUGUCUCCUCCAUCACCGCCUCGCUGCGUUUCGACGGCGCCCUCAACGUGGACCUGACGGAGUUCCAGACCAACCUGGUGCCGUUUCCCCGCAUCCACUUCCCGCUCGUCACCUACUCCCCCAUCAUCUCCGCCGAGAAGGCCUACCACGAGCAGCUCACCGUGCUGGAGAUCACCAGCUCCUGCUUCGAGCCGGCCAAUCAGAUGGUCAAGUGUGACCCCCGCCACGGCAUGUACAUGGCGUGCUGCAUGCUGUACCGCGGCGACGUGGUCCCCAAGGACGUGAACGCAGCCAUCGCCAACAUCAAGACCCGGCGCUCCAUCCAGUUUGUGGAUUGGUGCCCCACUGGUUUCAAGGUGGGGAUUAACUACCAGCCUCCAACUGCAGUGCCUGGGGGCGACCUGGCCACGAUCCAGAGGUCUGUGUGUAUGCUGAGCAACACCACGGCUAUUGCAGAGGCCUGGGCCCGUUUGGACCACAAGUUUGACCUGAUGUAUUCUAAGCGGGCCUUUGUCCACUGGUACGUGGGCGAGGGCAUGGAGGAAGGAGAGUUUACUGAAGCCAGAGAAGAUAUGGCCUGUCUCGAAAAGGAUUAUGAGGAGCUAGGCAAAAUGAGUACUGACUCGGAUGGUGAUGAAUUGGGUGAAGAGUAUUGAUCCUUUAGCCCUCAGGCUGUGAUUACAUGACUGUCUUCUCUUCUACUUUUUAUUAGCAAUUUAGUAUUUUUACUGUUCAAAUGUUAAUUUGUUCAAACCCUUACUUUGAGUUACAUUAUAAGUUAAUUUAACAUAUUGAGAUUGUUUCCCACUUUCUGUUAUACAUUGCAUAAAAAAUUAUAUUGCUAAAAACACGUGUAAAUUAAAAGGGAAAUAGGCCUAAUGCCACGUUGUGUUUUCUAAAAAUACAAAAAACUCCCCGAUGUAACCCGAUGUUAGUUGUUUAU